AUGAUUCUUCUUACCCUGUUGUUGCAUGUCCUCCCAACCGCCUUCACUCUGUCAUACAGGGCUGCCGAUUUCUCCUCUCUGUUACUUGUGGAGAGCCAAGGAGUUAACUACACGGACGCUGGUGUGACUUUGCCCUUCGAGACUAUCUUGGCUACGCAUGGUUGUAACACUGCGCGGAUCCGUGUCUGGACAGCAGCACAGUAUGAUUUGGAAUAUUCAUUGGCUAUGGCGAAGCGCGUGAAGGCUGCUGGAAUGACUCUCAUAGUGGAUCUGCACUACAGCGACAUUUGGGCCGAUCCUGGCCAUCAAGCAAUCCCAAGCGGAUGGCCUGCUAACUUAACCGGUCUUAUGGCCGAGAUGUACAACUAUACUGCGGGUAUUGUGACAAGUUUUGCUGCUCAAGGGACUCCCAUCGACAUUCUCCAGGUCGGCAAUGAGAUCAAUAGUGGUUUGCUAUGGCCAGUUGGCGAAGUGUCGUUGAACGGCCUCGAACCGGUAUCACUGCUGCUUAAGUCCGCAGUCCAGGGCGCGAAGUCAGUCGUCGGUUCUCAGAGAAUUCUGAUCCACUUGGCCAAUGGGUGGGAUUGGGACGACUUGUCCUAUUGGUAUUCCGGUGUAUUCGGCACCCCCGGCGGUCUUACUCUGUCGGAUGUAGACGUCAUGGGCGUGUCCUUUUAUCCGUUCUACGGCACGAACGCGACGCUAGCUGCUCUUUCGUCCUCUCUCCACAAUUUGACCAGCGCAUAUGGCAAGGAGGUUGUAGUAGCCGAGACAGACUGGCCCGUGGUCUGUCCGAAUGUCACGCUUAGCGAGCCGGGCGUCCCGGUGUCGGUCCUGGGACAGGAGAUAUGGUCCAAUGACAUCGAGGACGUUCUCUUGAGCCUACCGAAUGGUUUGGGGCAGGGCAUAUUCUACUGGGAGCCAGGAUGGAUCGGAAACGCCGCACUAGGCUCUGGAUGUGCUGAUAACUUGUUGGUGACAGCUUCCGGCGCGACGAGACAGUCGAUCAACAUCUUCGGGUGGGACAUGUAG